AUGAAUACUUUGGAAGAAUACUUUAUGGAAAAGUUAGAUGAUUUAUAUAAUGUGUUUACUAGUGCUAUAGAUGCGGGUGCAAUGAAAAAAGCACUGGUAGCAUUACAAAGUGAGCCCAUUGGUCGGUUAAUGGUAAAAAUGUACAUGUUCUUCAGUAAAAACACAGGAUUGUAUCUUGGUGUUUUAUGCACUGUGGUUCUACUGGCCUAUUUUCUGGUCAAUCAUAAGAAUUAUUAUCAGUACAAUAUCUUUCUUAUUACAGGAUACUGUCUUUUGUUCUUCAAAAUUGUAUUCUAUGCAUUCACAUGCGGUGUAAUAUCAAGUCUCAUUACUAAAGGUCAAUCCACUGAUAAGUCAAUGCACUACAACAUUUUAUACCUGUAUGGAAUUGUGGGUUUGUUUGUUGAAUUGCUGAUGUUGGGACUUUUACAAGAUCUGCUUCUUUUUGAUAGAAAGCCAAGAUCUACAUUUUCGCUUAAGAAUUUAUUUAUGUUCUUUUGUAUUGUAGCUAAUGUGGUGUUUUGUGGUUAUUUCUUGUCGACUCCGAACAUAAUUAAUACAGAAGAAAGGAAUUUUGUUAUUAUAUUCCUUAUAAUACAACUGUUCCUCUUCUAUGUCUUGCCAUUCAUCGUUUACUUUUUAAUCAUGGUUAACAAUUUUGUGGAGAAUGUGCUUAGUAAUUACGUAUAUCCAGCAAUUGCCAGCCUUCUUUUUACAUCUAAGCCUGGAUCAAAACAAGAACAGAACACACGUAGUGGCUCUGUCUUAGAAAAAGAGAAAGACGUUUCAAAUCUUAUGUUUAAUAAGUAA